CGCAGCGAUUUGACGUUUGAUCUCGUGCGAAAGAGGACGUGUGUGCGCUCUUGUGUGAUGUGCGGAAAAAGCUUUCCAACCGUGCCUAGUAGCAUCAUAGAUCCUUUUUCUUUAGUUUUAUAAUUUUUGGUCGCCACAUUUUGGGGGAAACCGGGAGGAGAGCGUGCAAUAAAGCGUGAACGAAAGAGCGAGAGACAGAGAGGGAAGGAGAGAAGAACACACACACAGAAACUGCGUGCGGGGGUGUGCUGUUAAAUUGAAGCAAAGCAAAGGCCCCACCGAAACCCGAACGGUGGUGGGCACGUACUUGCGCGUGCCUGUGUGUGUGUAUGUAUGUGAGUGUUUGUGUGUGCGUGCACGCCGGACCCGUUCUGGCCAAGUUGAUGCCCACUUCUGUUUCCCCCGCCCCCACCACUCCCCAAUCCCACUAAUGCUGGCUUGUGUGUUGGUGGAAAAAUCGCGUGAUGAUGAGCGCCGCCGUACCAAAUUGGUGUCUGGAUUUUUGGAAAAUAGCAACCUAGCCGUGCAGCCGUGAUUGUGCGUUAACCACCCUCCCACCCAUACUCCAACCCUCAUCACCCCGCUACGCGAAGAGAGCGAAGAAAAGGAAGAAGAAUAAUUUCCGUGGAGGAAAAGGAAAUUUGACGGAGCAAGCAAUAAUAGCAAAUCCAGCAAUCCAGCUUUGGAAAGAGUGAACGAGACAGACAGAAAGUGUCAUUGUGUGUGUGUUUGCGCGUAAGCAAGCGGUCAAGAACAGAACAGAACGAACUGCUUAUCCCGGGGCAUAGAAGAAAAAAAGGCAUGUUGGUGAAGAUAUGAAGCGUGUGUUGUUUGUUGAGUAAAGUUAAAAGAUUACAGAGCGAAUUCAGCGAAUCGUUCUUACCAGCGAAGAAGCAACGGCAUCAGUUCCCACCGGUAGUUAGGAAAAGUGCCAGCGAAACAAGUACCGCAAACGUACCUAAACGCACACACGCACACACGCAUCCACGCAGAAGGAGAAGCUACGGGGCUGCAAACCGACGCAACGCAACGCCAGUCAAACUAAUACACUCACACACACUCGUACGCAUACGCGGCCGGGGUGAAGCAUUUGUGUUGGAAGCUUCGCUGGAUGCUGGAUAGCUUGGUCGGAAAGGGGUCCAGUACAACUGUGUAGAGGUGGAGCAGCAGCAAGGAGCGACGAACGGGCAACGGCAUUGCAAGAGGAAGCAGGACCUUCUCCGCACACGCACACCGCGUCGUCAUACUCUCUCUCUCUCGCUCGCUCUCCCCUCACCUGCGUCACGGCAGCUCCUUUGUGGUGUGCAGUAGGCAGUAGGCGGCAGCAGCAGCAAUAGCAGAAGCAGAAGAAGACCGUCGUCGUCGUAGUCGCGUCGAGGCGUUCUUGUGUGUGAAGCGCGCACGCGAGGUUCCAGUGCAGUCGUCGUCCCUGCCCGGGGUUGCUUCGUAGUGUAUUGUGCGCUCCAACUGGGUUGUCCCGCUGCCGUCGACUUCCCGGCCCCCGGACAGCAGGAGCAGCGGUGUGACGGAGAGCGCGUUUUUACUUUAUCGGUUCAUUUCUUUUAAUAAUGAGUGAUUAUUCCAACCAGAACUCGCAAAAUUUUAGUCAAUCGUCAGCAUUUGCAGCCGCUUUACAGAGAGCCAAACAAAUUGCCGCUAAGAUACACCCGGGUGGUCACCAGCAGCAGCAGCAGCCGCACCAACCAGUGAAGAGACCACACGACGAUCACGACUCCGGCCCAGAAUUGAAAAAGUUCGGUGGACAGUCUGAUUACAAUAAUGCUAGCUCGCCCACUGGCAUGAGUCAGGCUGCGAUGCAAGCCGCCGCCCAAGCUGCAGCAGUAGCCGCCCGUCUGUCGCAGAACAACAGCAGCAACAACCAGAACAGCUACAACUCCCCGAACGCUCCGCCCGGUGCCGGUGGACCGCAGGACCCGAACCAGCGCGUGCGCGAACUGAUCAGCAAGAUGGUAAACCACGGCCCCAUGGACAACGGCAAUCAUCCGGGUCAGGGUGGUGGUGGUGGUGGCGGUGGCCGUGGCGGCGGUGGUGGUGGUGGCGGUGGUGGCGGCGGUGGAGGCGGAUUCGGCACCUACCAGGAGAUGAUGAUACCCGGCUCGAAAGUCGGGCUGAUCAUUGGCAAGGGCGGCGAAACGAUCAAGCAGCUGCAGGAGAAGACGGGCGCCAAGAUGGUGAUCAUCCAGGACGGGCCGGGGCAGGAGAUGGAGAAGCCGCUGCGCAUCUCGGGCGACCCGGCGAAGGUCGAGCAGGCGAAGCAGCUGGUGUACGAGCUGAUCCAGGAGAAGGACGCGUACUCGCAGCGGCAGAACAUGAACGGGGGCGAGCAGGCGGAGGUGUUCGUGCCGAAGGCGGCGGUCGGCGUGGUGAUCGGCAAGGGGGGCGAGAUGAUCAAGAAGAUUCAGGGCGAGUCGGGCUGCAAGCUGCAGUUCAUACAGGGGCGCGGGGACGGUGCCGGCGAUCGGCGCUGCAUCGUGCAGGGCUCGAAGGCGCAGGUCGAGGAGGGCAAGCGCAUGGUGGAGGACCUGAUCGAUAGCGUGCUGCGCCGGGAGCAGCAGGGCGGCGGUGGCGGUGGCCGCGGUGGAGGUGGAGGCGGAGGCGGUGGCGACGGUGGUGGCCACGGGCGGGGUGGCAUGGGCGGCAAUCCGAACCAGGAUAACAACUACAACAACUACAACGGCCCGCAGGUGACGCGGCUGGAGUACACGUUCACCGUGCCCGUGUCGAAAUGCGGUAUCAUUAUCGGACGCGGUGGUGAUACGAUCAAGCAGAUCAACCAGCAGUCCGGCGCGCACACGGAGAUGGACCGCAAGGCGUCGCUGAACCAGACGACGGAGAAAACGUUCACGUGCAAGGGCGAGCAGCACCAGGUGGACGAGGCGAAGCGGUUGAUACAGGACAAGAUCAACAUGGAGAUAAACAUGGUGUUCGUCGGGUCCUCGUCCGUGCCCGUCAACCAAUACCAGAACAAUGGCGCUGGUGGUGGUGGCGGUGGCGGCGGCGGAGGCGGUGGAGGUGGUGGCGGAGGCGGCGGCGGCGGUGGCCCUUACCAGCAGGGCGGCUGGGGCGGCUACCAGUCGCAGGGUGGCUGGGAGCAGCAGCAAUCGGCCCAGGUGAAUGCGGUCUCGGUGGCCGCGGCGGCUGCAGCGGCGGCCGCUCAGCAACAGCAGCAGCAGCAGCAACAGCCGCAGGCAGAUUACUCGCAACAGUGGAUCGAGUAUUACAAGCAAAUGGGAAUGCACCGAGAGGCGGAAAUCAUUGAACAGCAGGUGAAGGCACGGCAGGCAGCUCAAGGAACGAUGGCAGCUAAUCAAACUGUGCAAGGUCAAACAGUGAUGGCAGCCGCGGGAGCCGGUGCACCUCAGCAACAGGCGCAGCCGCAGCAGCAGCAGCAGGUCGGCGGCCAGGCGGACUACAGUGCCGAGUGGGCCGAGUACUACAGGCGGAUCGGCAAGAUCGAGGAAGCGGAAGCGAUCGAGAAGCAGAUUGCGGCCAACAAGGUCUUGCAAGCACAGGCCGUUGCGGCAGCGGCAGCAGCAGCGGCGGCCGGCGGUGCCAACCAGCCAGGCGGUCCGGUUGGUGCCGGUGGCGGACCGUACGGCGGCGGGGGCGGCCCCGGAGCCGGUGGCCCACAGCAGCCCGGACCGGGCGGCUACGGAGGCCAGCAGUACCAGCAGUACUACGGUGGCGGCGGGGGCGGAGGUGGGGGAGGGGGCGGCGGCGGCGGUGGUGGCGGUGGACAACCGGGAUACGCCGGUUAUCCGUACGGCGGUGGCUAUCCGGGUCCGGGCGGUGCUCCGAACCAAUCGAAUGCAUCCAAUCAGGACAAGAAUUAGAGAGGAUGCGCUUGUGUACGUGUGUGUGUGUGCGCGCUGUUAAGUAGGCAAAGGAAAGGAGGAAGCAAUGCGAGAUUGUGUAAUUCGCCGCACUUGUUGCCCCCCAACGCUCGACAACCGAUACAACCACCCACCAGCCAGCCAGCCAGCCAGCCCAAGCCCCCCAUUCUUCCAUAUACACUCCUCUGUACAUUACCAUGCGAUCUCUACACCACCACACACCCAACUACGAAAGACAAAGAGAGGAUCCACACGCGACGGACGGACGGAGUAUGCCAGUAUGGCCGACAGCAGCAGCAGCCGCCGCAGCAAUUUCGGCAUUUAUAUGGGAGUACGGUGUUAUCGUGUUUGAAGAAUCGGCUCCUAUAAAAACAAAUCUAGCUCUACUACUAGCUCCUUCAUUCUACAAGCGUGUGCCGUGUGAAUGUGUGUACAGUUUCUCUCUACUCUCACUCUCUCUCUACCAACAACCACUGUGUGUUGUGCGGACUACUGGCAACGUUUAGUGUGUGUUGUGUGUGUGUGGGAGGAGAGACGCAUGGAUAACGCUGCGGCUGAGCAUUAUUACGCAUCAUAUGGAGCGCAACCCAACAGCAGCAACAACAGCAACAAAACACACAACAACAACAAGAGAAAUAAAAUGAAGUUUGAAGUAAUAUUAUUAUGAUUAAUCCACGAUCCACAUUUAAAUAAAACACACCAACACACUCUCACACAGCAUAGUUUUAGGGCUCUUGUACCGGUGAAACGGUAACAGAAGAAACACACGUUUACUUUGUGGUGUAGCGUUAGUAGCAAUAUAAUAAUGGAACCGAUUAACGGCCAAACAUAGCGAGAGAACGCAUAACGAAGUAAAGAAAAAAGAAGAAGAGAAAGUAGAAGAAGCAGAAGCAAGGGAGAGCAGUAAACGCACUUAUUCAAAUAAAAUAAAAGAAAAGAAAAAAUAAUCCUCACUCUUUAACCGGUGCUGUGUGUGCGCGCGCAGGCUCUAGAAGUUCCUGGACCAGCCGCGGAGCCGCCAUGUGUGGAGUAAAGAACAUACCGUGAGCAAUUCAUCCACCCUCCCCCAGGGAUGGUUGAGCGCGGCCUCUGCGUACGGAAAUGCGAACAUGUGGUGGCCACGCGCUCCAGCCAGAGGGCCUCUUUUACGCUUUGCCGAUCUGUACAGUUCCUGCUUUUGCCAAUGUGUGUAUGUUUGUGUGUGCAGUUAUUGUUCGUAGCAUUAUUUUUCCUUUGCCUCUGAGUAGCACGUGUAAAGAACUACUAUUGUUUCAUUAUAAUAGCUAGCGUGGUAUGUCGCCCAGAAAGCGAAAUACAUUAGGCUCUAUCAAACUUAGAUAGAAUCACACACUCUUCCAAUCGGCAGGAUACAAUAGUGUUGCUGUGCAGUGCAGCGAAAAUGUGUGUCGUCGUCGAUGUGAAUCGAGAGAGGGGGGGAACAGUUCCAACACUUCCGUUACCGGUCCACACGACGAGCGACCCGGUGUGGUGUGUACUCCAGCGUUGCUUUACUCCCAAUUGCAAACAAAAGAACUUGUGUUGAUGAAUCCCGUUCCCAAGUGGAUGAUCCAAGUAGCACGGGAUCAUCGUGAACAGCUUUUCUGAGCUUUCGAUAUCGUACGUUACGCGUUACCGUUACUCCGCGCCGUUAGUAGUGCGUAACGUGUUUUUUACACUUACCGAUAGUUGUGUUACUUUCUUUGGAGGGAAACAGAAAAAAUCGACAUAAAAAAAAUCUUUACAACUCCUACGGUGGUGCAUGGUGGCAACGAAAAGCAGCUCGAGGGAAAAGUGAAACAAAAAAGAAUCAUCGCAACACACACGCAAUAGUCCGCGAACCACAUAACAAAACCUAGAUGUAAUGUUAACAGAGGACACAUACACACGUAUAAUUAAUGAAACAAACAAGCAAGGAAGUAAGUUUA